AUGCAAGAGAAACUCAAUGUCCAAGCCACGCAGAACGGUGAUAUGAGUCUCGAGCAACCAUUCGAAGAUAAUGGCCCUGGGAUCUCCGUUUCCGAGCAGUCGAUUGCCGAGCAACCGUUUCAUCUGCGUUUGCUGUUUCAGAAUGACUGGCUCAGUAUCGAAGGCCCCUCGGAAAGCCGGGUCAGACAAGGUCAUGGUAUCACUAGCACUGCCCAUCCACUCGCUGUCGCAAGAAAAUCGCUACAGGUGUUGAUUCCUUCGAAAGACGAAAUACUCAAAACCAGCGAUUCAGCUUCCGAAUGGCUUAGCAUGCUACAGUCAUUUUUUCCGCUACCAUGCGGCACCACUUGUGGAGAGGAAGUCGUUGCGGGUUAUGAAGAGAUGCAUAGUCCCAAUGUUGAUCCCAUCAAGCUAGCUUCUUGGAUGGUAACCGUUGCUAUGAUAACCGAGCAACUGCCACAAGAAAAUGUGAGAAUGGAGAUUCGGCUCAAAAACCGACAGCGACAUAGUUCACUUUCGAAAGCCAUAUCCACAACAGUGGAAAAUAAAGUUUUGGCCUACGAUACUUUGACGGGAUCGAUAGAGGGGCUUUCGCUGUUGAUGCAGUUUAUCAGGCUGGAAAUGGGCCGAGGAAACAUCCAUAAAGCAUGGUUAAAAUUGCGACGGGCUAUUGCGAUCGCAGAGCUGAUGGGACUUCACAACCUGGUUCAAGUAAUCCAAAUGGGUUCCGCUACCGAGGCUGCUGAUGAAGGUUACAUCGGCAAAUUGCGGCUAUGGGAUCUAAUAUGUGCCGCAGACAGACUUUUGGGGAUGAUUCUCAACAUUUCUCCAAUUACUGGCCGUCAUGAACAACUGACAAACCAGUCCCUAUCUAUCAAUGGCAUCGUGCAAACCCGAUUGUAUCUCUUUCGGUUGACAGACAUAGCCAACAAGAUCCAAGAUCUGGAUCUAAUCCGCAAAUCGAAUGUACCCGGAACGGAGAGCUACGCAUUUGCUUUGGAGCUUUCUAGGGAGCUGAAAGCACUGGCCUCCCAAACCCCAGAAGCUUGGUGGUCAGGGGGUGUGCAUGGUGCGAACAAUGUUCAACCUGACCACAUAGUGCAGUUCUUGCAUUAUUAUGUCGCCAUGAGAAUCCAUCUGCCUCUCAGUUUGCGACAGGGCCCAGACGGCGAAAACUUGUUUAAUUGUUUGGCUUGUGUCGCCGCCUGCGAAUCGAUGGUGCAGCGAUACCAGUUGCUGAGACGAACGCUUCCACCUGGUCUCUUCCUUUCCGAAAUUUUGGACAUACAGGCGUUCUCUGCUGCAGUCACUCUUCUUCUCAUAUCUCAUAUGUUUUCCCAGUGCUCUUUGGAAGUCGGUAUCGACAAAAUCAAGAUCAAAAACGAGGUGGGACAAGUCAUCCAGCUUCUCCAAGACAAGUCUGACUGUCCCUCUGGAUCCUGUAUUGCUUAUAAUGGUUUUACCACGCUUCGCUCCCUCGAUGAUCUGCUUGGCGAAAACGGCUUUGAUGUAUGCCAAAUAGCAUUUCAUGCUCCGCUUCUCGGUAAAAUGCAAGUCAAACGCAAUGAGCAGACUUCUCAAUCCGAGGAUGAUUGGUCUUCGGAUUUCAUGUCAGCUCUCGGACUUUGCAACGCAGGCGAACAGAUAUUUCAACUAAACCCCGAUUCCUACAUGUCUCUAGAGCCUUCCAUUGAUCUGCAGAAUAUGUGA